AUGGAGCUGCAGCUGCGGCAGGUUUUGGAACGUGACAGAACCUGCGCCGAACUUGCGGCGAGAUGCUUGUCGCUGAGUCGCAAUCUGAUCUCGGACGUGGUUGCAUUCUUGCUACUAGCGGCGACGCAUUUGACACAGACGGACAGCUUGCCUUCGCUUGAGGUGGUUGUGCUUUGGCAGUCACUCCCCGCAAGUCGCACCCCGCUGCCAAGUCGAACUGACCCCCAGCUCCAGAAGGUUAUGCAGGAUGCCUGGCAAACCAUGCUUGGAAUGCUGGUUAGUAACUUGCUCAGCCUUCGCUGGACCUUUCACCUGUUCGCCGGAAACGGGGCAGAGGAGGAGCUUGCACAGGCUGCGCCGGAAGGCAGCACGGCGCUGAUCGAGGCUCCGGAGAGCAUUCCUGCUGGCUUUCCCACACAAGUGCGACGGGUGCGAGAGGAGUUCGAGACUGGUCAAUUCAAGACAAGCGGACUGGCUGGGCCUUUUCGAGAGCCAGCACAGCAGGACGCGCGGGAGAACCUGUUAAUUGCUGUUGAGUCGCUCUUCGACCUGUUGUAUUUGAUCGGGGAGGUGCUUUCACAGUUCCAUCGAAUCAGCGACAGCUUGGGCGACUACGGAAUGAUCCGCGUGGCUUUGUGGCUCCAUCCCUGUUUGGACUGCAUGGUAGAGAAGCUUCAGCGGCUGCAAAGCAGUUUGAAAGGUCUGAACAGGGCUGUGGAUGCAGAGUUGGUGAUUGCGAAAGCGCGUGGAAGAAGCUUGAAGAAGCCACUGCCUUCCGAACGAAUGUCUGCUCGCGGCCAUGCGGCCAUCCAGCGAGCACUCGAUGGACGGGACUGUCACUUGGCGGCGUUGCUCCAGAGCCUGGAGGAGCUGAAGUCUCACUCAUCGCCCGAGAGACUUCCGCAUGUCGUUGAGGGCCUGGGCGAUGCUUGCUCUCAGCUCCAGAAUGUGCUCUCGUCCACGCACUUUCGUGCACGUGUUGGUGAUGCCUUCCCACGGCUUCCUCCUUUAGCCAACAUGGGGAGAGCAAGCAGCCGGCCUGCGCUUCGUAUAGAAAACGGCUCCGCCCUCGAGGACGAAGCUCCGAUGGGUGACUACAGCGAGCCAGAAGAAGAACAGGCCACAAGCGCCUGUGCCCCAAUGCAUGGACCUCGAUGUAUCCCUCGAAGCAGUGCCGGCGAGAGGACUCGUUCUCCCCAGCCAGCAACCAGCGCCGGGAAGGAUGCCAGCGCAGCAGCCCUUUCACUGCCCUUGCCCAAUCGUGAUCGGGCCAGAGAGGACAGCCCUGACAAAAGCGCUUUUCAGUCCUGUCUUUUCUUCGCGCAGGGGUCGUCGCGCAGGAGCGGGAGUGUGCCUGCCGCAAUCCGCGCGACCUGGCGAGCUUUGUGCGGAUUCAAGGAAACUGCCAUGCUGCCAGUUCCCCCUUUUCCGGCAGCGCUGCCUCCUGCACAUGACACCGACGCACCACGCGCGCCCGACUCUGGCGCACCAUCAGACUUGGUGACCAAUCUCCCCAGCGACGGAUGGAUUUCCCACACUGGUCCAAGAGGCCGCACAUCUUGGCACCACAAAUCUCUGGGUCCCGCGCCAUGGGGGAAUCGGCCAGAGGACUACUCGACGCCU